AUGCGACCAUGUACAUUUCGCUCUCAUGGUCAAUUAUAUGAUUAUGUUAUUAUUAUCAAAUAUACAAUUGCACAAACAAAACUAAAUCAUGCGAUUAAAACAUAUCCUCAUACACCACCUGUUUCAAAACUUUAUCCCGGUAAUCCAAAUAUACAUUCAGAAAUGCGAUUGAUUAUCAAUAAUUUACCCGAUGCUGGUCUUGUACAUCAAUUUCAAUCAACUUAUGUAGCUUCCGCAUUCUUAUUAGAGAAGAAAAAUCAUAGUUGGAUAUUAGUUAUUGAUUAUAAAAAAUGA